GUAUAACAAGGACGAACGAAGGCUAGGCCAAGGACGUGAGGUCACAGCCAGCUGAAUCUCGAGAAAGAGAAAAACGUUGGUGUUUGGGAGAGACAGUGAGCUGUCAUUCCACCCCAGUCGGUCUAUCAAACCUAAACAUGGCUGCACGUCCUCAGUCAGACGUUGACAAGCGCAAACAGAUAAGUAUUCGUGGAAUUGCACCGGUGGAAAAUGUAGUGGAGAUCAAGAAAACAUUCAACCGGCAUCUGCAUUAUACGGUGGUGAAGGACAGAAAUGUCUCCACCCCCCGGGAUUACUACCACGCCCUGGCCCACACUGUACGGGACCACCUCGUGGGGCGCUGGAUUCGAACACAACAGCACUACUACGAGCAGGACCCCAAGCGUGUGUACUACCUGUCCCUGGAGUACUACAUGGGAAGGACACUAUCCAACACCAUGGUAAACCUUGGGAUCCAGAGUGCCUGUGAUGAGGCCAUGUACCAGCUGGGCCUUGACAUUGAAGAACUAGAGGAAAUCGAGGAAGAUGCUGGUUUAGGUAAUGGAGGCCUUGGACGAUUGGCUGCCUGUUUCUUGGAUUCCAUGGCAACCCUUGGUCUAGCUGCCUAUGGAUAUGGCAUCCGUUAUGAUUAUGGCAUUUUCACACAGAAAUUUGACAAUGGAUGGCAAGUAGAAGAGCCGGAUGAGUGGCUCCGCUAUGGAAAUCCAUGGGAAAAAUCUCGCCCGGAGUAUGUACUGCCGAUCAACUUUUACGGACGUGUGGUGGAGAACAAUGGGGUCAAACAAUGGGUAGACACUACGAUUGUGUUUGGGAUGCCAUUUGACAGUCCUAUCCCUGGCUACGGUAAUAACACUGUCAACACGAUGCGACUGUGGGCAGCCAAGGCUCCGAACAGCUUCAACCUCAAGUUUUUCAACAAUGGCUCCUACAUUGACGCUGUGUGUGACAGAAACCAAGCUGAGAACAUAUCCCGGGUACUAUACCCCAACGACAAUAUGUUUGAGGGUAAGGAGCUACGUCUGAAACAGCAGUAUUUCUUGGUGGCUGCAACACUACAGGACAUCAUUAGGAGAUUCAAGUCCUCCAAGUUUGGUAGCAGGGAUCCAGUCCGCACCUCAUUUGAAUCAUUCCCAGACAAGGUAGCUAUCCAGCUGAAUGACACUCACCCUUCAUUAGCCAUCCCGGAGUUGUUGAGAAUCCUAGUGGACAUAGAACAUGUUCCAUGGGACAAGGCCUGGCCCAUCUGUGUGAACACCUGUGCCUACACCAAUCACACCGUGCUUCCUGAGGCUCUAGAGCGCUGGCCAGUCUCUCUUCUCGGCAACCUUCUGCCCAGACACUUGGAGAUCAUCUACCUCAUCAACCACAACUUCAUGCAGGAGGUAGGCAAGAGUUUCCCUGAUGAUUUUGACAGGAUGAGGCGCAUGUCUAUAGUGGAAGAGAGUGGAGAGAAGAAAAUAAAUAUGGCUCACUUAGCUAUUGUUGGUUCGCACGCCAUCAAUGGUGUGGCCGCCAUUCAUUCCAACAUCAUCAAAAAUGACACCUUCAAGGACUUCCAUGACAUGUAUCCUGAGCGUUUCCAGAACAAGACUAACGGCAUCACUCCGCGGCGCUGGCUGCUGCUGUGUAACCCGGGUCUUUCUGAUGUCAUUGCUGAGAAAAUUGGAGAGACCUGGGCUACAGAUCUGUAUGAGCUCGCUCAGCUUAAACAGUUUGUGGAGGAAGAGUCUUACCUGAACAAAGUCAUGAAGGUGAAACAGGAGAACAAGAUGAAGCUGGCCGAGUACAUCCUGAAGGAAUACAAUGUGACGGUGAAUCCAGCGUCCAUCUUUGACAUUCAUGUGAAGCGUAUCCAUGAGUAUAAACGUCAGCUGAUGAACUGUCUGCACAUGAUCUUGUUGUACAACCGACUCAAGAAGGAUCCCAACAUGGCAUUUGUUCCCAGGACAAUCAUGGUUGGAGGCAAGGCUGCACCAGGUUACCACACUGCCAAACUCAUCAUUAAGCUGAUCAACUCUGUGGCCAAGGUUGUGAACAACGACCCAAUUAUUGGUGACAGACUCAAAAUCAUAUACUUGGAGAACUACCGUGUAUCCUUGGCUGAGAAGAUCAUCCCUGCAGCUGACCUGAGCGAGCAGAUCUCUACUGCCGGAACUGAAGCUUCAGGCACAGGGAACAUGAAAUUCAUGUUAAACGGAGCUUUGACCAUCGGCACACUAGAUGGAGCUAAUGUGGAAAUGAGUGAGGAAAUGGGGCCGGAAAACAUCUUCAUCUUUGGCAUGGAAGUGGAUGAAGUGGAACAAACCAAGAGAGAGGGGUACAACUCUAGACAGUACUAUGAAAGCAACCCUGAACUGAAACAGGUCAUAGACCAGAUGUCCAGUGGUUACUUCUCACCUGAUGACCCACAUCGCUUCCAGGAACUGGUGGAUAUCCUCCUCAACCACGACAGGUUCCUGCUAUUGAAGGACUUUGAAUCCUAUGUCAAAUGCCAGGAGAGAGUCAGCCAGACAUAUCUGGAUCAAGCCAAAUGGUCAAGGAUGUGUCUGCUUAACAUUGCUUCAUCUGGCAAGUUUUCUAGUGACCGCACAAUUUCAGAAUAUGCCAAGGAUAUUUGGGGUGUGACACCCAAUGAACUCAAACUACCGGCCCCUCACCAAUCUCUUGACGAAAUGAUGGCACAGGCAACAGCUGCUGCCAAAAAAGCCUGAGCAUUAUUUGACUCUGGGGACUCGCACUUCCAAUCCAGUUGUGAGAGAGGAUGCAAUGUUUAAACUGUAACUGUGAGAGAAAGUUCACAAUGAUGACAAUUGUAAUAGAAGACCACCUACCUAACACCAUAACUGAGAAAAAAUUGAUUGUCAGGAUUAUACUCGAUGCUUUAACUGCGCCGGAGAGGUAUACUUCCCAGUGCUACAGUAGAUAUUGCGGCUGAGGUGUGUGGUGGUUACCAUUGACAGGAGAAUCGGCUCUCUCUGUUGUAAAAGCUUGGCAAUGUUCCCUUUAGAGAUUGAAACCUGUAGGUGUAUUGUUCUUUUUACAUUUGUAACGAGGGAUAAAAUUGAAUUCCAGAUGUUUAAAUGUCAUAAUGCUUGAGUAAUGUAAGUUUUUGUCUUGCAAUAGAUCUGAGAGUCAAUUGAAUGUCAGGCAUAGUAUGGUGCAAGUGAUACCAAUCUGAUUAUGUGUAGGUAUAUUUAAUACAUUAUUACAGUGAUAGUAUUUGUUAUUAAUUUCUUUUGUUUACUGUAAUUGAUGAAUUAGGCAGAAGGAAUUGUUUCUUCUGUAUAAUUUAGAAUCUAGGUAACUAUGUUUUUCUGAAUUUUACUUUCCUCAGUGUUGGCAGUAUUCUUAAAAAGUGUAAAUCCAUUUUAUUUUUAUUACCAGAUAUUAUGUAAUGUUAAGUGCUGAUAUGAAACUAGUUAUACAAACUUGCACCAGUCCAAUGAUCUGUGUAAACCUUGACCCAAUAUCACCAAACUGCAGUUAUCAAUUAUCAUAGCUCUCAAAUGUAAUGAAAUAUCAGAUAAUUCCAGCAUUUUAUACAAUUUGGCCAGGUCAUAGUUUCAGGUGGACCUGACCAGAUUAGGUGAGUUGGUGACAUUGAGGACCAGAUAGAUCAAAUGAAAUGUCUUCUGUCAUUGCUAGUUAUUUGUGUUACAUAUCAAAUUAAUAUGCACAAUGUACUGGAGUUGAUGAACUGACACAAUAUAUAUAUACAUUUUGAAGUGAUAAUUUUGAAGUGAUAUGUACAGUAUAGAUUCUUUUUAUUUUCAAACUGGAUACCAAAUCUAUAAAUUCUAUGCUUUUUGUUAUAGAUUUUCUUACAUUUUUAGGUUUAGCACCAAAUCUAUGUAAAAUGUGCUUAUUUAUGAUAUAGGGUAGGGGUUUUGAUAUCAAACUGUUCUGUAGUGUUCUCAGUAUUUGUUUGCUCUGACACCAACAUGCAUACUGAGAUUUUUGCUAUAGAUUUUUCACAUUUUGUUAAAUCUUUACAACAGAUCUAUGAAUACUGCGAUAUAAUGCUUGCACACCAUUGGAUAUGUUUUACCCUAGCUCCUUAUCAAACAAGGUACUCAAGUAUCAGAAAAUGCAGUGAUUCCUAAUUCCAGGUUGAUGUGUUAAGAUUCAUUUUUUAUGUACAUGCAUGCAGAUAAUCCAGAAAGUAGAUAUUUCAAAUAUUAAUGAGCAUUCCAGAUUUAGGAUAGGUUCAAAAAUGUUUUUGUGAGAGGUAUGGUCAAAAAACAUUUUUUAUGACCUUUUCUGAAGGCAGAUCCAUAGUCGGUUGUUUCUAAUCAUCUGGCUCUGGGAUCGCCUAACUUCUUAUGUUAAGGUGUUGUCAUCAUCAAAAUUGGAUUUAAAGACAACUUUUCAGUUUUAAUUAAAACAUUAGAAUUUCAGUAAAGGAGGUGGUGCAUGGCGGCCCACGGCCGAAUCUUAUUUUAUGCAUGAUAUUAUGAUAGACUUUUACCAAAUACAUGUCAUUUUAGACACUAAAACGAAAAUUGGCAAAUGUUACGCAGCGCCACCUAACAUGAUUUC